AUGGCCUCAGACACCAAGCCGGAGGAGCAGCCCACGGAGGACAAGAAGCAAGACCAGAAGACCACUGCGCUGGGCGAGGACGACGAAUUCGAGGACUUUCCCGUCGAUGAUUGGCCAGAGGACCAGACAGAGGCUGCCCAAAGCAACGGCGAGACCAAGCACUUGUGGGAAGAAAGCUGGGACGAUGACGACACGUCGGAUGACUUUUCGACGCAGCUAAAGGAGGAGCUCAAGAAGGUCGAGGCAUCGAAACGGAGAUGA